AAAAGUGUGUUUCCCUGUGUUUCACCUGAAGUUUCUUGGCUUUACUGUCUUACCAACGACUCGCUCCAGUGACCACGACCACACUAAAAUAAACGGCUGAAAGAAAUGCAAAAUUGCAGCCAGCACCAGGCGGCUAAAAACGGAAGUCUAAUCCAAUUUGGCCUAUGACAAUACAAACGCACUUUCUUCGCUACGCAUUAUCCAGGUGCGUGUGCGUAUAGAGAGUGAGCGACAGAGAGAGCGAUAGAGAGGACGAGCAGGCGAGCGAGCGAGAGGUGAAAUAUUUAAAUUUAAAAGCAAGGCGCGUGUGUGUGUGACCCAUGAAAAGUUGUUAAAUAUAAGCAACGCCAAUCGCCGAAUUUCGAAAAUAGAUAAACCCCUACGUGCGCGUGUUUAAUUUGUAUUUUUGGCACUUUGGUUCGGCAAACAGCAAAAGCAUUUCCCUAUGAUUGGCUCAUUCUGGAAUCUGUGCAGAGCGUGCCCAUCAAUGCCGGUAGACAAGCAGCUCCACUCGGAGUAUCGGAGCACUUAUCGUUGGCAUGAAUUUACGGGCAACUCGCGGCCAGAGGUUGUGCGACGGGCGCCAGCCCCAAACCCAAGUCAAUUUGUUGGACCGACAAAUGAGCCGCCAUUGCCGCGCCGGAAAAAAUGUCCAGAAUUAGCAUAUAAAUCGCACGAGUUUAUUAUAGGAUCGGAAUAUACAGAUGCACGCCGAGAUGCCAGUGCACAUCGUUUGGCGAGAUCGGAGGAGCGGGGUGGCACACCUUCGCGCCGCAGCAAAUCGGAGGGACCACCCGUCGUGCCCAAUGGACGUGCGUAUCCCAUUGCAACGGAGAUCGACGGAACCACAAGAAAACAGGCGGGUGAGUCAAAUGGGCUAUUGAAAAAGACCAUCUCUAAAUUGAGCACUGAGUACCGCCUGCAAUUCGUUUGGCCCACUGUCCGACGGAUUAAGGGCGGCGGCGAGGCGACGUCUAGGGCCGCUGCCGGCGAUUAUCCGAGAAAGUCCAUAUCGCUGGGCGCCCUUCGGUCCGGCGGCCAAAGUCACAGUCACUCCCAAAACCAGAGUCAGAGUCUGACCCAAACCCAGAAUGGUCACACACAUCACACGAUGAUGGGUGGCGGUGCCGGCUUGCCCACGGUGCAUAAAAAACGUACAACAAAUCAGAAAGAAGCUACUCUACAUGAGUUGGAGCCCUUGGUUAGCGAUACGGAUGAUAGAAAAACGCACGAGAAACAAGUGACCAUUGUGGAGCGCAAGACCACCUCGCGUCCCUUCUCGCAGGCCAUCGACCAGGAGCGCCUGAACCACUUCAUCACGAAAAAGGAGAACUACGGCUUCGCCGACGCCGCCGUGGCAGCCGCUGCCCUUAAGGACGAGGUUGACAACCGGCAGCAGGCCGCCGAAUCCGGCCAGGUGGUGGUCAUGAACGGCUCCGCCCCGCCGCACUCUAAACCGAAUUUGGAUUUGUGGUUCAAGGAGAUGGUUGAGCUGCGCAAAAAGGCCGGCGAAUACAAGUGUCGCGGCUGGGGCAUAGAAAUCGAUCCGGAGUUGUACAAGAAACAGAAGGAUCUGUGGGAUCAGGUUUCCAAGCGCAGCUCACUUUCAGCACUUUCCCUAGCUUCGUCUGUUCAUAGACCCAUUACAAAGGAGGAGAAGGAACAGGAGAACAAUAAGAAAUCCACGCCAUUGCAAAAGGCCCAGAAGGCACGUGUUCCUGGCCAAGCCUUUUUGAUUGAUAAUAAGGAUGAGAUUUCUGCACUGCCAGCACGCUUUAGCAAUAUACGUCAUCACCUUGAACGCACCACAGGUCCGGAUGUGGAGGAGGGAGCUUUGCUGCCCUCGCCAACGCGCGAGAAACUGAUGCCGGCCAUAACCAAGCGGGAAUCGGAGUCUCAGCGCGGAAGUCCCAAGAAGACUGCCUUAUCCAGGCACGGAUCGCCCCAGAAGGGCAGUCCCCAAAAGGGCAGCCCCAAGAAGGUCCUCAAAACCCGGUCGCAAUCGGCGGGUCCGGGCGUUGCUGAGAAUGAGUCACCGAAGCGACAGAUCCGGUCGGCGAGUCAGGCGCCCAGCAGCCGCAAAAAGACGCCGACAACCGGAAGCGGAAGCGAGCGCAAGGCACGCCCAUCCACCCUAUCCACAACAUUCCAAUCCCGCAUUAAAAGUAGUUCCCUGCCACCGCCCAACGGUAGAGUAGCCUCAGCGCCGCCAGCAACUGCAGCAGCAGCAGCAGCAACCCGAGCAGCAACCGCAGCAACAUCAGCAGCUAAAUCAGCAUUAAACGCUAAUCAGCCUCAUGCUAAUCAAUCACAAUCAUCACAAGCCAAGAGCGGCAGCGGCAAAUUUCUAAAACCAUCGGCAACAUCCGCCCAGCAACAGCAGCAACAGCAAAUGCGUAAGAAAGACAAAGAUAGAUCGAAUAGUAGUUGCAUUGGCAGUGGUAGUCAUGUUGGUGCUGGUAGCGGUAGUCAAGCAAAUAGUGUCAAGCAUCUGCAGAAUAAGCAAAAGCAACAACAACUACAGCAGCAACAGCAACAGCAAAAGCAACAACAACAACAGCAACCGCAGCAGCAACACGAUGUUGCAGCAGCAACUGCAGCAGCAGCAACAUCGGCUCAAAACCCAACCCGGCCUGCAACCAUCAACAUCAAACGGCUCACGGUACCAGGUCAGGAUAGAAAAUUGGCUGAAAACGAUGGCGAGGAUGGUCGUGAGACUGCCAUUUCCAUUUCCAGCUGCAGCCCCCAGCCUCCAGUGCCGGAAGUGCCUGAGGAGCCCCUGGUGAAGUCCCCACCAGAACCGACCCGGGUCAAGUCCCCGGAGCAGAUCAUAAUGCGCUCUCCCGAUCCAGUCAACUGGACGGUGCCCCUAGACACUGGCAAAACCUUUACGGUUACGCAGAAUGUCAAAGAUGGGGAGAACUAUAGCCGACCUCAGAGCGAGAUAAAAGCGUCGACACCGGUGGAGAAGCCCCCACCGCCACCACAAUCGGCACCGCCACAACUAACCGAACAGGCUAAAAUGGACGCCUGGAAGUCCUGCAGUCCAACCACCAGUGCCGCGAUCUACGGCAAAACGCUGACGCCCCAUGCCACGCCCACCGGCCAGCCGGGCGGGGCGGUGCGGUGCACUGCCGCCCAGGACCAGCCGCCCCAGCAGCCGGAUCCUGCGAUGUCGUCAUCCUCGUCGACGGGCACGGCCACGGCCUCCACCGCCCGGACCACUGCCGCCGAGGUCCUGGAGAGGGCACGCGACCGAUUCGAUCGAUUCUGGGGCAGCAGCGCCAGCAAGGAGGAGAGCGUCUAGAUCCUAGAUCCGCAUACUAGAUCCUAGAUCCUAGAUCAGGUACUCAGUGCUUUUCAAGUGCAAAAUGUAUUCCCCGGGGCAGCUAGUUGGCCCUCGAAAGCAAGCAAUUAUGAUACGUAAUAGACGUUAUGCAAUACCUAAUCAUAUACACCAUCUAUCCUAUCUAAGAGCCUGAUUCCACGGCGACACAUUUUUCUAAUCCAAUUUGUUUUUUCAAAUAACAUUUUUAAAGCCCCAAGUCCGAAUUAAGUUUUAGUUUAUAUCAUUUGUUAUAUCGUACCUAUUUGAGACUUGAGAUUAAAAAGCAGUUCCCCAGUAAUUGCCUAAAUAAGUUUUUAUAAAGUAAAUCUUCUUUCCAUUAAGGUAUGUAAAAUCUAUUUUAGUUCACUUUAAUCUUAUGUCAAAAUUUUAUUUUGCUUAAAUUAGUAGAUUUAUAGAUUUUAAAAUUUAAAAUUUUUUCCCUUAUCAGCCCGAAAAAGAUAAAUAUAUUUUUAUAUAAUUUUAAUUCAAACCUUAUUGGGCGCAACACCUUGUGAAAUGGUUUGAAGUAAUAAAUAAAUCUUAAAUGAUGGAAAAAUGUGUCGUCAUGUAAACGGUAUUUAAGGAAAGUCCCGUUUCGACUUGGCUUGAUCUUGAUCCUAAGGUUAAAUUCGCUUUUGAUUUCCUAGUUAAAGUGCUGCAAGCAAAUCUAAUCAGGCCAAAUGUCAUCUAACGACACGAGCAUUACACCAAAAAUGUAUUUAUGUAAGACACUUUCACUGCCUCUACCCAAACAGAAUACAAAAUCAAACCAACGUUGUAUAAUUUGCAAUUGACCCAGAGAACUUUGCAAUAUUUCGACAUCAUCCAAUCAUAAAAGAAUAAAUAUUUAAAUGGGACAAACAUCACCGCAAAGACCCGUCCAAAAAGUGAGGCCAUUCGACAAGAGAUAUACUCACAUUUUUGUAACUUUCAUUAGUUGAGCAACCAAGCCGUAUAUUUGGGUAAUGCAUAAGGUGAUCUAAGCUAAACCGCUGAUCCGUCAAAUACCAAAAGUUGAUAAUAGAUUUUGCACAUGAAUUACAAAAGGGAAAAAUACCAAAUACGACAACAUGAUGUUAAGUAUAAUUUAAGAUACAUUUUGGCUAAUAAAAACGUAAGGCGAAUGAUGGUUAAAACAAUGCAACACCACACAGAAAACACCAGUAAAACAUACUAAUACUACACAGAAAAUGCGAAAAAAUGAGAUUAUGCUUUGAAAAGCUGUGAAACUAGUUUCAGACAUGCCUACAUUUCUUAUAUAACUAUUACGUGUAUGUGAAAAUAGUCGAGAAACAAAAAAGGAAACAAAAUGAUCAAACAAAAUGGUAAAGACCUAAUCGAUUUAAACAUGUUUUGAGUAAAGUUAGCGCUAAAAUGAUUAAGACAAAUGCUUCCCGAAGGGCAAUAGCUUUGAGAAUGUUGAUGUAAUUUGUACAAGCAUUUUGUUGGAUUCUGUUUCUCAUAGCUCUCAGUGUAGACAGUGUUUCAGUACAAACUUAUUACCGAUUACAACUCAGUUUGGCAGAAACUUUUCUUUCCCGCAGGUGAAAUGCUUGAAUGUUAAACCUUUCUAAAAAUUAAAGAAAAAUGACAAAAUCGUGUAAGCUGAAGUUAAAAUUUCAUUACCCAUAAGUUGUGUGAUUAACUUCAGUAUUGAGCUUAAUUGUUGCUUGCCUAUAUAUAUUUUAAUAUAAAACUCAAAAUAACAAAACAAAAAAAUUAAGAAGGGAAAUAACGCCACUUCAAUGGUAUUUAUUACAGUUGAGUAUUUAUACCCGUUACUCGUAGAGUAAAAGGGUAUACUAGAUUCGUCGGAAAGUAUGUAACAGGCAGAAGGAAGCGUUUCCGACCCCAUAAAGUAUAUAUAUUCUUGAUCAGGAUCACUAGCCGA